CCUGAAGUCGGCCAAUCAAGCCUGCAGGCUCACAGCAUACCAGACUAUGCCACAAGUCAACGAGAAGACGACCUUUUUCACUUUACCAACCGAGCUUCGCUUGGAGAUUGCCGCCUAUGCGCUUGAGCAGCCCGACGCUGGACUCACCAGACAGCACAGGCCUGGAGAAAAAAGGGAUCAUUUUAGGGUCGACAGCAAAUACAAACCCAGCAACAACCUCGCCAUAAGGCUGGUCUGCCGACAAUUCAACGCCGAGUUCUUUCGUCUUGCCAUUCAAAAGACGCUCUUCGUGCUCCCCAAAGACUCUACUUGGGUUAUUCACCAGCAAUCCGACGCGCUUCUACGCGACGUAAAGAAGUUGAGAGUCCACUAUAACCCCGGCGAUAUCAAAAGAUGGGAGAUGUUCCCCUUGAACAAGCCAUGCAUGCACCUUGAUCAGCUGGAACUUGUGAUCAUGCUCGAAGAUUCCAAAAGCCGAAAAGCCCUGGUAGACUUAUUCAGACGAUUGCAGAAUGUCAAAGAGAUCAGGCUCCUCGCCCAAGGGAGUGGUCUGGCAUCAUGGGGAUCUCACGAAUUUGUUAGACUACUCGGUGAAAUGCUCAAGGAAGACCAUUACCAAAGAUACGAUGCUCCGAACGCUCCGGAUCUGGAACAUUCGUGGUGGGACUGGAGCUACAGCGACGACCUCGGCCAGGCUAUCUUUGUGGCCCAGCAGCCUAAACCGAUCAUGCUGGAAGAAGACUACAUGCUGUUGAUGAAGCCGAAUGUUGACUACAUCAUAGAGUGCAUGGUGUCAUAUAGCACUUAGCCUCAAUUAUACAUCUUGACCGACCAUGACAAGAUGUCUGUAUACGUCCGUUACAGCCACUGUGUUGCUAUACUUCACGCCUGAAGAUCUAGGUCAUUCAGUCCUUUCGGACAUCGCGGGAUCUGGCCAUGUGCGGGAUGCCAAC